AUGCAAAUAUGGAGUUAAUAAAUAAAUGCGAGGAAAAAAAAGAUAUCGUUUGUUACGGGUCAACGAAAGAAAAGGAUAGUUCGAGGGAUGCGUGCAUGAUAAAACGCGUUUAUUAAAUAUCGGCGGGUAAAAGAGAGGGUUCAUAAUCGAUGAGACACCCUACAAGGAACGCAGUGGCGGUCAAGUCAUGGAGAGAUUCAGUCCACCAGCGGCGUCGUUGAAAAAGAGAAUCAGCCCUCCGAUUGCCUGGAAUCUUGGUCUUACCACCAAGGAGCCGAGGAUUAUCAAAGUGAUCCUGCUUGGUCAUCAGGGUGUUGGAAAAACUGCUUUAGCGGUGCGAUUCGCUACAAAACGUUACAUAGGAGAGUACGACUGUAGCAUCGAAAGGGUUUACAAGGUGGACAGUUUCCUGGAUGCGUCAUGGGAGAUAACAGAUCCCCCAGGAUAUCUACCACCUCCGUCCGAGUUGAAAUUGCGGUUUGCAGAUGCUAUCGUUCUCGUUUAUUCUGUGUCGGAUCGUGUCAGCUUCGACGAAACAUCCCGCCUUCGAUUUCUAGUAUCACAUGCAAGGAAAACUAGGAAAGUGCCACCGAUAGUGAUCCUCAUAGCGAACAAAGCAGAUCUAACUUAUACACCUGGCGAAAGGGUGGUUUCCACCGCAGAAGGUCGUCAAAGAGCGGAAGAAAUCGAGGCUCAAGCGUUUCAUGAAAUUUCUGUCAGGGAAUCAGUCGAACAGGUCAUGGCCGUCUUCACAGACAUCUUUAAACUGUUGACGGAAUUGCCCGGUAAUUCUGGCCAACAAACGAAUUCCUUCAGGGUAAGAGCUUCCACCGAUGGAACAUUGGACGCUCUUCGACGUCCAUCGCCUAUACCUCUCAAAAGAAGAUUCAGUAUAUCAGUUCGAGGAACGCUUCAUUGACUAAAAGAGACCUCAGAGCUCAAUUUAUGUACCUCGAUGGGAAGUUUGUGUUCUAAUUCUUCGUGUUUUAGAAAUUGUUGAUUGUUGAUUGUCAAUUUCCCUUGUAUUAUACCUUGAGAUAUAUUUUUUGAAAUUGUUUAAAUUUGAUUGUAAGUCAAUAAGAUUCGUCAAUUUGCAUCUCCUUUUAAAAAUAUAGGUCUUUGAAUGAACAAUCUUUUUUAAAUUUUGAUCUAAAUGUAAAUAGUUAAUAAAAUUUACAAUAUCUUCUACAAUACUUUCUCUUAUGAAUGAUCUUAUUAUUGUUAUUUCUUGAAUGUGUAUAAUAAACAUGAAAAAAAAUAAAAUUUGUAUAAAAUAAUGUUCAUUGAUGU